GUUUAUUAUAUAUAGUAACAUACUAACAACUCGUCGGAGCAGAGUUGCUGCUGCCGAAAGAGAACACAAGACCGGCAAAGGUCGAUCUCUCGGAGGAAGAGGGUGAUAAGGAAAUUGAUUUGGAGCUGGCUCAUAAGCAGUUCGAUCGGUGCGUGUCUUCGAUGAUCUUGUAGACGGAUCGAUCGUGCUAGUACGGCGGCAGAGAUGGGCUGUGUAUUCGGUACCGGGCACGAGAAGGCAGAACGGAACGUGCAGGCCAGAACUUCCCUCCCAAGACGAGAGGCAGCAGUGCAGCACUCACGUACCAGCAAUUCAACUAACGGUGCUAGUUCUUCUCGCAAUGAAAACCAAAGGGAGACAAAGAACACAGUUGGUGCAAGCACUGACAGUGGCACAUCUGAAGCGAUGGGUCAGAAAAAUGAGGUGCCCAAAGAAAAAGAUACCCCAAAGGAGGUACUUACCAGCAAUUUAACUGGUGACGGUAGUUCUCAAAAGAAAAACAAAGGGAAUGCAAGGAAACCAGAUGGUGAUAGCACUGCCAGUGGCACAUCUAAACCGAAGGGUCAGAAAAACGAUGUGACGGCACGAAGCAAAGCACCUUCUCCUUCCUUCACACCAGCUAGUAAGCAGAUCACAUCUGAUCAGGCAGGUCAGACCUCCAUGCUGCGUGAUGUUGAUCUGGAUGCUGAACAACAGGAAAAAGAUACCCAAAAGGAGGUACUUACGAGCAAUUUAACUGGUGACGGUAGUUCUCAAAAGAAAAACAAAGGGAAGGCAAGGAAACCAUAUGGUGAUAGCACUGCCAGUGGCACAUCUGAACCGAAGGGUCAGAAAAACGAGGUGACAGCACGAAGCGAGGCACCUUCUGCUUCCUUCACACCAGCUAGUAAGCAGAUCACAUCUGAUCUGGCAGGCCAGACCUCCAUGCCGCAAGAUGUUGAUCUGGAUGUUGAACAACAGGAAAAAGGUACCCAAAAGGAGGUACUUAUCAGCAAUUUAACUGGUGACGGUAGUUCUCAAAAGAAAAACAAAGGGAAGGCAAGGAAACCAGAUGGUGAUAGCACUACCAGAUCUGAACUGAUGGGUGAUAACAAAAAAUUUCAAGCAGAAACCGAGGCAUCCUUUCCUCGCUUACCAGAUGGGUUAAAAGAGAACAGUUUGUCUGAGGUCGAGGAGGAAAUGAAAAACCGUUCAUCGCAAACCUCCGACACAAACGAGCAGCCUCCGCUUCACGCCGCGCCCCAGUCAACUCCUCCACCAGCGCCGCAAGGCACAGCUCCUCUGGCUCCGACUCCGGCACCACCUACUACAGCGUCGGCUUGCGGCCAGACAUCCUCCAGGCCAAUCCCUCCGACCGACGCCACUUCUCUCCCGGCAGCGUCGACUCGAAGCUUAGACGCUCAGGAAGCCGUGGAUCUCCUGAAGACCCCGAGGAUCCAGCAGACUCUCAAGGCUAUCUUAGACCUGCUGAAAGGGCCAUCGGAUAGGCUGCUGGACAACGCGCAGGAGCUCCGCGAUCUCAUCCAAAUGAUCUGCCACAUCCUCCCGAGGUCAAAAAUGGAGGUCCUCCAAGCCGCCGCCCAAAUUGAUUAUAUGAAGACCAAAGUAGAGGAGGCAUCGGCUCGGCUGGCCAGGCGCAAGGCCCAGAAGGAGGACCAGGUCCUCUCCAACGCCUAUGCCGCCGUCGCCAAGACUACUCAGAAGGCCAAAGCUGACAAAAUGGAGGCGAAGGAGGUGGUGGCCAAGCGCGCAGUUGACGGCAUAAAGGCGGAGAUUCAGCUCCGCGAGGAGGAGCUACGUAAGCUUAAGGAGCAGCUGACCGGGGCGCAGGAGCGAUCGGCUCAGGCCACAUCGGCUUUCGUCAUGCAGAAGUCUAUGGUUGAGAAUGCGGUGAAAUCCAUCGAGGCACAAGAGGUACAGCUGACUUCGGUCCCGGACACCGAUGAGGAAGACGUUGAUAUCAUCAAGUCGGUGAAGCGGACACUGGAUAGAGCGGCGGAUGUGAUAAUCGUAGUGAUCUUCGAAUAAUUUUAUUUUGUUUCUCCCUCCGGUUAGAUUUGAACAAUUGGAACUAUUGUAAUAAGUCACUUUAAUAUCGACUGUAUAGCCGAUACACUUUCUCCAUUUCAUUACCAACUCUUUGCUUUGA